AGUGAGCGGCCAUUUCCACUGAACGUAGGUCAGUUUUUUCCGCGCCGAAAACGAAAUGUUGAAGUACCUCGCGCUGUCCUCGUGCGCCCUUCUGGCCGCGGUCUCCGCGCAACUGGGCGACGUCUUCGAGUGGAAGGAGCUGAGCUUCGCCUGGCCCGACGAGGACGCCAAGACCGCCGCCCUGAAGACCAGGGAUUACGUACCGGAGAACAACCUGCCGCUGGGAUUGGGCCGAUGGAAGGACAAACUCUUCGUUACCGUUCCCAGAUGGAAAGCGGGAGUGGCGGCCAGUUUGAACUACAUCCCGCUGAACGCGACCGAUAAAUCGCCCGCGCUCGUGCCCUAUCCGAGCUGGAAGGCCAAUCGGAUCCCCGGGAAAGGAGAGGCGCCCGCUGACGAUCAGAUCGUGUCGGUGUUCAGGAUCAACGUGGACGUCUGCGAUAGAUUGUGGGUGAUGGAGACCGGUUUAGCGGAUAUUUUGGGCAACCCCAACCAAGUCAUACCGCCCUCUAUAGCUAUCUUCGACCUCAACACCGAUAAGCUACUGAAGAGGUACAAUUUGGGCGAGAACGACAUCAAAGGGGACGACUCGUUUUUCGCUAAUAUCAUUGUGGACGUUACAAAAGAUGCUUGUGACAAAGCCUUCGCUUACAUUCCCGAUUUGGGGGGCUACGGAAUCGUGGUGUACUCUUUGGCGGAGGAUAAAUCGUGGAGGGUGAAGCACAAUUACUUCCACUUCGAUCCGCUCAAAGGAGACAUGACCGUUGGUGGAGUUAACUUCCAAUGGACCGACGGAGUCUUCGGUAUCGCUCUCGGUCCUCUUAAUGAAAACGGUUACCGCACAGCUUAUUUCCAUCCCUUGGCCAGUUGCACCGAAUUCUCCGUUAGUACGCAGAUCCUGCGUAACGAAUCUUUGGCUACUGACCCGCAAUCGUUCGAAUUAUACAAGGUGGAAGGCGGCAAAGGCGACGUGGGCCAGUCGUCCUCUUCGGCUUUCGAUGAAAAAACGAACGUUUUGUUCAUGACGCAGCUGCAAAGGGACGCGAUAGCUUGUUGGAAUCCGAGAACGAAAUUACAACCGGACACGUUUCCUCUGGUGACGCAAGAUCACGAAAAAUUAAUAUUUACUAACGACAUUUCAAUUGAUGCUGAGAGGAACCUGUGGGUGCUUUCAGAUAGAAUGCCGGUAUUUAUAUACAGAGAAUUGGAUCCGAAUCAAGUGAAUUACAGGAUUUUAAGGAUGACUGUCGACGAAGCCAUCAAAGGAACGGCCUGCGAAGCUUGAAUAUGUUAAUUUGAACCAGUAUUAUCUUUGUACUAUAUCAAAAUCAUUUUUGUUUUAAUUUUUUAGAAAAUUAAAUGUUUCGUUG